AUGCAUUUCUGUGCUUUAGGCAAAGGGCAUGUUUCCAGUGUCCAUCCAAUUACAACUGCUAAGGUGCCUAUUCUGAAAGUUGUUGAUUGUGGGACUGGAAUUGAAUGUGAUAUAUCAGUUGAGAACAGAGAUGGAAUUUUGAAAUCCCAUAUUGUCCGCAUGAUUUCUUCAAUUGAUGAAAGGUUUCAGAAGUUAAGUUUUUUGACGAGAGGCAAUAUUGAGAAACCAAAAGUUCUUGAGGAUUCAAAGAUGUUGCUGUUUGGUGCGAUAGUAAGAGGGUUUAUUAAGGUGCAGUGGGAAUUUGUUUCUGAAUCUCUGACCAUACCUCGAGAAUUCCGGCAUAAUUCAGAUCAACACUUUUUGUCGGGUGUUACAAAAAGUGCUUUAUCGCCGGAGAACCUUCUAGUCGGUCCUAGCCCUACCACCCACAAAGUUGCCAAAACCGUGCAACUCAAGACGACGAAGUGUCUGGAUAAUGUAAUAGCAAAUUAUCCAUUAUUUCCUCACCAUGUUUGCAAUGAAUAUGCCAUUGGGAUUGAUCGCAUGACUCGAGAUCCUCCUAUAUUGCCUCCAUUUUCUGCCAUAUUAAAAGAUGGUGAUAUUACUUUGUUGGUUUGA